CUCGAUUUUCUGGUUCUGGGAUUUCUGGGGACUUCCCUAGGGUUUCCAUCGAUCAGCUGUAAGUCCUAUAGUGCGUUUAUGCAGGAUUUCUGAUUCGAGUUUUGACGGGCGGAGGGGGUCCCCGAGGGUAUAUUAUUACAGAAAUUGGAGAAAUAUCGAGGGGCACGUACUGUAGCUAAUUUUGUGGCACUGGGGAGAGGACAAAGGGUAUUGACACAUGCCUCAUUGAUUUAUUUUUGUUUUGUUUUUUUUUUUUCGUCGAGAUUUUCCUGACUUUGUGGGGGGGAAUUUCUUGAUUCAUGUAAAAUUCAUUGGGGAAUUUUGCGGGUCGAAUUUCGUCAUGGGGGGGCGCGAUGACAGGGGUAGGAGGCUGGGGGAGGGGGCCAUCGUCAAGGAACUCGAUGGGUAUUUUUCUUCCCGGGAUAAGGCAGGAAUCCUCGGGGUUUUGAAGAGAGUCAAGGAGGAUUCCAGGGUAUUCGAGGGCUUUCUUAAGAAUGGGGGGCUCAAGGUACUUGUUGGAGUUCUCAAGGUACAGAACACCAGGAUUCUGGAUUAUGCCUUGAGCAUUUUGGCGAAUGCGUAUCUCAAGAGCUGGGUACGGGAAGAGACUAAAAUUCCAAAACUUCCGGAGAAUCUCCUCUGGAUUUUGCAGAACCUCCCCCCAGGCCCGACCCUCCACUGUCGCGCAUGCCGCCUAAUCGGGAACAUGUGCCUCUCAAAACGCCACAGUGAGUCACUCUGCGCCCUGGGGAUCCUUCCGACUCUUUUAACAGUUUUAAAAUCGCCGUCAACACCCCAGACGCACUCAAUGGCGAUCCGAGCGGUGCGAAAUAUCUGGGAGAGUCACAAGACCUCCCAGACCGAUGUAAUCGACUCUGAGCUCAUAAAAGAGGUGAUGACCAUUCUGAUAGCCUCGAGCAAUCGCUACACGAGUGAUCCAACUCAAUCCAAAUACAAAGACCUGUCGGAGACCUGCCUGAAGGCCCUGAAGGUCCUCCUGGACCCCCAAGACAUUCGUAUCUCCAAGCAGAUAAAUUCUCCGACGAAUUUUAAUUUUAUCGUUGACCUUUGCACCUCCAAUCAGAGAUGCGCCAUUCAAUUGCUUCAUAAACUCACACGAACCGCUGAAAAUCGGCCUGAUCUUGGUACCUGCGGGGCUAUCGAUUUUCUCAUCACAUUUCUCAAAACCAUCAACCCAGAAUCAUCAUUGAACUCGGUCACUUACGAAGUCAUCACGAGUCUCUGUUUGUUCUCAAGAGAGUCUGUGAACAGGGCCAAGAUCCGGGAUUGCGGUGGGCUGGAGGUAAUGCUAGGUCUUCUUGAGGACGAGGAGAAGGUGAAGCAUCAUCACAUGCUAUUGUGCGCCCUGACACAAUUUGUUGGUGACGAGAAUAGCAUUGAAGUGAUGAUCAAGAGUGGAGUUGUUGGGGUAAUCGUCAGGAUGCUCAACAGAAUGGUGCUGGAUGUGAGGCUGGAGGAAAAGGGGAGAAAGAGAAGUGCUGAGGUGAUGUCACCUGAGGGUAGGACUGGAAGCAAGAUCAACAGAACUAGCACUGAGCGAUUCAGUUUGGAUUUUUACUCGAGUAGAUGGAGUCCAAGGAGUGCCAAUAGUCCUUCAUCAUCGCCAUCGGGCUCACCACCUUUACCCUCAUGCGAUUUCAAUGAUAAUGACGAGGAAAAUUACAGUCCCGUGUGCUCCGAGGCUGAAGACUGUCCUGAAAAUGAAGACGCCAAAAGUACAGCAACGAGGGAUGAGAUUGAUUCAUUGAAUAGUUUUGUAUGUUCAAGUAUUGGAAAGGAAGACAGCCAACAAGUUGAGAGGGAGGAGGAGUGCCCAGUGAUGAGUACUGGUAUGAGUGUAUCACAUAUGUGGACUCUACAACUCCUAGCAAGACUGACAUUCUGGGAGCGUCCGGUUGAAGGACUAGCUAAUCCCAUUACAAUUCAGGCAAUAACUGCGUACAUCGAGGCAUCAAAAAACACCGAUGCCCUUCCCAUUCUCAAUCGAAUAAUAGACAAUCACGUUUAUUUUCUGCCGCUGUUACUCCAGGGGUUCGUCUUCGACGUUCAGAGCCUCUGCAACUGCAAAGAAUACCUGAGAAUAUUCUCGAAGAGUGCAGAAUCAGGUGGUGCCUUUGGAGAUCUAUCCACAAUCCUGAGAAGAGGUCGGGACACUCAGAAAUUCAUGGUUGCCCUUUCGGUGCCAUUUCUUCUCAGGUCGAGGGAUAAAUUGAGGACUUUGAUGACUGAAUAUGGGGGCCUGGAGCUCAUGUUUCAGCUACUCAGGGAUGAGACCCACGAGAUGAAUGAGAAUGCCGUUUAUUCGGUGUGUCAGCUUGCUGAGGCACUCGGGGUCAGGCCGACUGGGCCCAACGAUCAUUCCGAUGUUUUGGCACUUGGUGGCGAUGGUGGAGAGGACCAUGGCAGCCAGGUGAAGAGGAUAAGGAGUGGAGGGAGGGAAAGUCCUGUUGUUUUUGAGCUGGAUGAUGGAGGAACUGUUGAAGCAUGUCGGAGGGUUCUCUGUGGAAAGAGCGAGGCGUUCAGUGCUAUGUUGGAGGGAAGAUUUUUUGAAGCUGGUCAGGCAAGAGUUCGCCUUCACCACGUAUCAACCCAAGGCCUUUCAGUGCUGUGCAAUUUAGCCAGUGGAAAAUUGUCCCUGACCUCGAAAAAACCCAGUGAAAAACUGGAAAUCGAGGCACUCCUCGACGCUGUUCUCCUCGCUGACAAAUUCCUCAUGUUUGAUGAGUCGGAGAGUCUCACCGAGACCUCAGUCUCCGAAUUAUCCCACCGAAAUCUCAGUCGGGCAUGGAACUGGGCGAGAACCAAUGGUUGCAGUGAAUUCAGAAAUUGCUGUGUAAAACACUUUUUAACAUCUCGAACCUCCUCGAGAGAGGACAGACUGCAAUCUUUCAAGGACUUCUCAUCUGGAAGACAUUUCAGGGAAUUCCUAGAAGACAUUCGUGAUAUUAUCAUCGAAAAAUUAUCAAUUCGAUAAUAACAUUGUGUAAAUUGAAUUCUUAAUUAUUCUUCUUCGAUUUUUGUAUUUAAUUAGAGGGAAGAAAUCGUGACAUUUUCAAUGAUUUAAAUCGGGGCGAAUUUGGAGAGCAAGAAUUGGGUUCAAUGGCUUCAUCAAUCGUGUCAAUCAAACAGAGAAUUUCUUUGGCUUUCGGAAGAUAUUUGAUUCAUGUCAUUAUCUCUGAAGGUUCUUGAGAUAUCUUAAUUAAACUGGGGAGUCAUUUGAUUGGAUAAUACGACUGUACAGUCAUUGAGACAAGUAAAUGGAUUAUUCUUUUUUUUUUUUCUAGUCUAGAUCGAAUUUUUUAUCGAGCAACUAACAUUAUCAUCAUCUGAUCAUCAAGUGUAUAUUUUUUUUCUUUCAAUUUAAUGUACAUUUAUUUAGAAAAUACAAAAAAUUAUUUGAUUAAUA